GAGGUUAAAGCAUCACUAAAUUUCUUUCAAGUAUAAUUGAGAUGAAUAAGAUGAAUUUGAGAGCCACGGCAAUUGCCUUUGUUCUGUCCACCUGUAUCGUAUGGAGGGCCUCUGCAGCGGGGAGCAUAGCCAUAUACUGGGGCCAAAACGGCAAUGAAGCCUCUCUUACCCAAACCUGCGCCACCGGGAACUUCAAAUACGUCAUUCUCGCGUUUCUCCCCGUCUUUGGAAAUGGCCGCACACCGCAGCUCAAUCUGGCGGGCCACUGUGACCCUUCCUCUGGGGGUUGCAUAAAGCUGAGCAGCGAAAUAAAGUCAUGCCAGCAGAGAAACAUAAAGGUGUUUCUGUCCUUGGGAGGAGGCGCUGGAAGCUAUUCCAUUGCCUCUGUUCAAGAUGCACAGAACGUAGCGAACUAUCUGUGGAACAAUUUCCUGGACGGGAGUUCUUCGUCACGGCCUCUGGGCGAUGCUGUUUUAGACGGGAUCGACUUCGACAUCGAGGCAACGACUGAGCACUGGGACGAUCUGGCCAGAGCGGUGUCUGCGCUUUCCUCUCGCGGCGGCAAAAAGGUGUUCCUCAGCGCUGCCCCGCAGUGCCCUUAUCCCGACGCCUCUCUUGGAAAUGCCCUGCAGACUGGGCUUUUUGACUAUAUUUGGAUUCAGUUCUACAAUAACCCACCUUGCCAAUACGCCAACGGAGGGGCUUCUCUGAUUAGCUCGUGGAACCGGUGGAUCAGUUCUAUACCCAAAACGACGAGUUUCUUUCUGGGGCUUCCGGCUUCUAGCAGCGCUGCAGGUAGUGGCUUCAUUCCCGCCGCCACGCUGAAGUCAAAUGUGCUGCCUCAGCUGAACAAGUCUUCGAAAUAUGCGGGAGUGAUGCUGUGGUCCAAGUUCUAUGAUGAGCAGACUCAAUAUAGCUCAUCUAUUAAAGAUUCUGUCUGAGAUAAGAGAUGAUCGUAGGUGAGUAGUGUAUCUUGUUAAAUAAUACUCGAGUCUGAAUGUAUUUAGAUAGGUAAUACUCGAGUUUUAAUAAUGCUCAUGGCUUCCGUGAGCUCCCUGACAUGUAAUGGUGGAAUCUGGAAUAGAAAUCAAAGCUUUAACGAAAAAUUGGGUCCAAUAAUUUUUGUCCUCUAAUAUUACAAUUAAAAUUUUACAA